AUGGCUCUCAUGCUGAUCACUAUUGUGACGUCAAGAGCAGACGACAUCACAAAAAAGGACUUCAAUCUUGGAAACUUCAGACCUGAACAGGUCAUCGAGUGCAGGAAAAAUGGAGUAUAUUUGAACGCUCCAUCGUCCAAAGCGUAUGAGUUAUGCGUGAACGAACACUGCAUUAGCGAACACUCGCCGCCAAUCCAGAAAGUGGUCAAAAUACCUCCAGAGGAACUUCUCCUCGACUUCGAAGCAACAUGGAAGCUACGUUAUGAAGAGAACUACGUGACAAUCAUGAAAACCUGUCCAGCUCAACAAUUCUGUUCUACAGUCGAUUGCACACUGUGCUCAGCCAAUAUCUUGAAGCCGGAGUGCUGGCCAGUAUACGCUAUAGCUGGAAUUGGUGUAAUCGUGUACCUUGUCGUCGCCCUGUGUUACACGAUCUGUUACGUUCCUGUCACUGUGGGAAGGCCAGUACGACUCAUUCUGGAAGGAAUCUGCAGAUUGUUCUAUCUAGUGGUUUACGCCAUGGCCAAAACCAUCUGCGGAAUAAUGCGAUUCUUCCGGAGAAAUAGAACACGGCGAAAUCGAAUCCUCGAAGCACUAGCAGUCGUUGGACUUCUUCACGGCAUACUGGCGUGCCAAACGGUGAACAUCCUUUCACACCAUAUGCGAAGCUGUACAACGUCUUCAAACAGAACUUCAUGCUUCGUCGAGACGGACAAGUGCUCAUGUACUGCAGCUGAAUCCCAAGUUCGAUGCCAGUGUGAAGACAACGAAGUGGCGAUGGCAUUCAAUGAUAUAGGAAACAUUUUGCCGGUUACACGAUCUUUCCUGAGGUUCAAAAGACAUCUACACCAUGCCGUAUUGGCAGAAGUGAGCCGUGGUGUAAGUGCGGAGCUCACAUUGAACGUCAGGGAAACAAUAGACGAGAUGGCUAUGGAUACGGCCAAUGACACUUGCUCAAUUGACGACACCCACAUAUUCGGAUGCUACAGUUGCAGUCGAGGUGCCAUAGCUGAAAUACACUGCAAGUCUUCAACAGCAGAAACAUCAGCUAAAAUUGAUUGCAAUGGAGAAACCUUCACCGUUCCAUGCUCGUCGUCAGGACAGUUCUCCAAGAUCCACUUCAUGUUGACUGAGGCACAAGCUCGGAUGCGAUGCACAGUCAAAUGCGGAUUAAAACCCACACCUUUCGAGAUCACGGGAAUAUUGAAGUACAUUCACAAGAUGCAUGAAGGCUUCAGUCACACCUUCCGACAGGAUCACAACUCGACUUCCCAAUUUCGCUGGCCAGACCUUAGUCACUUGGUCACUAUUUACCUACAUUGGAGCAUGGACAAAUCAACGCUUGAAGAACUUCGAAGAAAGAGGAAAGCUCAAGAACAGAAGCUCAUUGACGAUCUGAAAUACAAACGUUCCUGCAUAAGAGGAGCUCCGACCUUGCCAUCGGAAGCGGAAGUACAGCGAAAAAUCCGCACCUUCCUCAAGGAGAUUGUCCGUAUCACGCGUACGAACAGUUUUCUGGACAUGCUAAUGCAGAUCAAAGCAAACCAACCUGCAAUGUACGCGAGGGGGGAGGCUGCUCUGUACCGAGCGAAAAUGGAAACCGUUCUGAUGCAAACCACCCACGGCAAGGAGUGUUUUCGGAGUGCUGCUGAAGGACUAGCGAUGUGUUACGAGACCUACAAGUUCCUGAUCGUCGCCGAGUCUGCCACGAAGAAAACACGUGACAAGUUCUUCGCAGAAGAAGUGGAGGGACUGAAUCUGGAUCCAGCAAUCACCAGCGACUAUACUGAGAUAAGAAACGCGGAGAUCCAUAUCAGUAAUGAGGAUCAUCCCAAUGCAAUGGCUGAGCUGAAGCAGAAGAUCAUCACCACGCAGGAAGCAGUGAAGGCCCAUCAGCAGGAAACAAAGGAUCUGGAAAAGAAAGUGACCGAGCUGAUGAGCCUAAUGAAGACUGUUCAAGAAGAAACUGGCAAUAUCAGUGCAUGUCAACAGAAUAUGGAAGAGCGAUUUGCAGUUUUCGAGGAGAAAAGAGGGAGCUCCCAAGAAGGAAACCGCAUGAACGCUCCAGAGGCCGAAGUGGAAGAGGAUGUGCUCGAUCUCGACUUUGUUGAAGAAGAACUCGCACUUCGAGAUGAUUCGGAAAUCGCGGUGCAUGAUACUGGGACACAGGUGCAUGAGGAUGAACUUCCUGUAUCGAGCUUAUACCUGGAACGCAAACGACGUGAGAUACUAUCGCGAAUUGAAGCCCUCGAGAGCAUGCUGAAGGCCGACAGCUUCGUUCCCGUAAGAUGCAUUUCGUACGUGGACAUAAUGAGGCCAGAGGAAAGGAACUUACGCUGUUCCUUCUGUGAUGAAGAGGGCCAACGUUACAGUGACAGCUGCCCCAGGUAUAGGUACGUGGACUUCCGAGAGAAACGCAUCCGCUGCGUCAAGUGCCUGGACACUCACCACUCGAAGGAGCGCUGUGGACGAACGGUGAAGAGGUGCGUCUAUUGUAAGGACGACUCACACAACAAGGCGCUAUGUACGCUUCCCGAGACCAUCGAGCAAAACGAAUGGGAGCCGAGGAAGCUCCGAAGGGAGUUAGACGCCCUAGAAGGAGAUAUGGUGGGACCGUCAACUUCGGGGAGCGCGCAGUAUCACGAACGUCGUGAUUCGAGAAAUUACAGGUAG